CAAAAUCGUGUCGGGUAGUGUAAUUUACCGGUUGCGCUAAUAUUGAGUUCUGAUUUGCUGAUCUGGUUAAAAGUCAAGAUAUUCGAAAAUGGUUGAUGAAUGGUUGCAUAGCAAUCUAAACAACGCAUCGUUCAUUGAAUCACCUGCCGUGUAGGCUAUAUAUACAUCCGCUUGCAACUGGCCAGUAAUUGAAAGGGAUCUGGAGCAGCGCUUACACUUGCAAAGUGGAUAGGCCUGUCUUGCGCAUGCCAAGUACAGCUAAUUUAGCGUCAAUAGAUGCUGGAGCAAAUAUUUAUACCUUGUUUUGUGUUGAUUGACUGUUCCACUACGCGCUGCAGGCUGAAAAAGGCAUCAUUAUUUUCAAUUUACAUAAGUAUACUGGAAUGGCAUUGCAGCCAUAGUAUACCGACUCAAAAAGAAUCAAAUGUGCUUUCAAUCGUUCCAUUAAUCAAAUCUGAGGUACUAGGAAAAAUACCCAGAAUAACAACUGAGUUAAAAGCCAGCAGAAUAUACGAGUCUUAUCAUGUAAAACAGAUUCCACCAACAACGGUUAUAUUUGAUAAACAGCGAAGGCAACCUCAUGAAAUUGCCAAAAACGAAUCACAAUUUACAAAUCAAAAUAGAGUGGCGCGCUUGGUGUCUACAGACAUUCUCAGCCGCAAUAUUUCUAACAUUUUGGAAAACCUUCUUAAACGCUAUGAACAGUCACAACUUCCCACACAUGGACAGGGGAUGCCUACAGUGGUGCAAACCAAUAUACUUAUACGAAGCAUGGGCCCGGUGUCCGAACUUGACAUGGAAUAUUCGAUGGAUUGCUAUUUUAGACAGUAUUGGCGAGAUGAGCGGCUAAGUUUUAAGGGACCAAUUAAAAGUUUAUCCUUGAGCAUUAAGAUGCUAGACAAAAUCUGGCGACCAGACACCUACUUUUAUAAUGGAAAGCAUUCUCAUAUACACACAAUCACUGUGCCAAACAAAUUACUUAGACUUGAUCAAGACGGCGGAAUUCUUUAUUCGAUGAGAUUAACCAUUAAAGCCACAUGUCCCAUGGAGCUGAAAAACUUUCCAAUGGAUAGACAGUCGUGUCCCCUUAUAAUUGGAAGCUAUGGCUAUACGAACCAACAGCUAGUGUACGAGUGGAAAAAUCAAGAUGAUGCAGUUUCAUUUGUGCCCGGAAUGACUCUUAACCAAUUUGAUCUCAUUAGCAUGAUGCACCGCAAUUUUACAUCAACACGACGGGAGGGUGACUUUUCAGUAUUGCAUGUAGCAUUCAACCUCAAACGUCACACAGGAUACUUUCUUAUCCAAGUUUAUGUGCCCUGCAUUUUGAUCGUGGUAUUGUCUUGGGUUUCAUUUUGGAUACAUCGUGAGGCCACUAGCGACCGUGUCGGUCUCUGUGUGACAGCAGUUUUAACGCUAUCCACCAUAAGUUUGGACUCUAGGACUGACUUGCCCAAGGUCAAGUAUGCCACUGCACUGGACUGGUUCCUUCUGAUGAGUUUCCUCUAUUGCAUAGCCACAUUGCUAGAAUUUGCUGGUGUUCAUUAUUUUACUAAGCUUGGUAGUGGCGAAAUACCACGUCUGGAAGAGCACUUGGAAAAUAUCAGGAAAACUAACAUUCUACCAGCACAUGUCAUUGAAGCCAACGAAGAAGUAAGUGACGAAGAUAUAGAAGAUGAUGGCAGCGAUGAGAUCAGUGAGCAACUGAAUUCAGAGAAUGAUAUUUGCGUUUGUUCUGAACAUGAAACUCUUCGAUUCGAAUCUGCAGAAUCAUUACCAGUAGCACUAGAUGACACCGGUUUUCAUAAACGCAAGGCCCUCACUUGUCCUAUCUUCAACGCUCCAACAUUACUCUUUCCCAAGACUUCCUCGCGUACAACCACCAUGGAACGAACGACGCAAACGGAACCGCCAGUCGUUUCGCGUAUGCGUCAGAUAUGGCUCUGCCUAAAGAGCGACGAAAAGUUCCGAAAACAGCGUGAACGCGACGCAGCUGCAGAAAAGACUGAACAAGGUCGCAACGUGAGCUAUGUAAACAGCGUUUCGCUAAUCGACCGCAUCGCGCGCAUUGCUUUUCCCAUGUCAUUUGCGAUUUUUAAUCUUUUAUACUGGUUGGCCUACGGAAUGUAUAAAAAAGAGUUUUCAUGGUCCACUAUAAAGACAUAGCUUUCUUCGAUUUCGCUGUAGUAUUUUGAAGAUUGCUUUUGCAUUGGGUUCAAUAAUGUAUGUUAACAAUUUUAUUAUUCGACGAACAAUGCUGGUGAGGGACACUGCAAAUACAGAGUGGCUUAGAAAAGCUGUAAGAUUAAAUAAACUCAAAUACAGUUUGAAUACUAUUUUGAUAUUAUUUUGAUAAAGGGCAUACAACAGAUCAAGCCCGAGUGCAUAGCGUUGAGCGGACUGAGUGAUUUUCAUUGCUAUUGAAAGCGGGGGAGUCCAAAACAUGAGAGCAAACGGAACGGACUAAUAUAGUUCAACAGCCCUGGAAAAGUAGAUAUAUGAUCAGUAACCCAUCGCUCAAAAACAAACGGAUUGAAUUUUUCGCUUGUCGAGAAUAAAGCCAAGUUUGUUAGGUUUAAGCGAUUUCGCGUUCUGACUUUCUGUUUUUGGAAUUUUUUCAAGCGGUCGGAAAAGCCCGACAGCUCACAACACCGAUCGUUCUUUACUUCUUCGAAACUUUUUUAACAUUAAUUAUAAUUGAAAAUUCUAUUUCAUACGAAGGCAGUCCCAUAAGUAGCCGACCUAACCACUAAAACAGAGAAAUUUUGAUAUUUUUGAUGAAUGUUGAAUUCCUUUAACUCUUUAUUGGCCAAAUGCUGUCGUUUAUUUUUCAAGUCCUCAUUAAAUCGAUCCAAUUAUAAUUAGUUCGCCAUUGCCUGUUUUACCCAUUCUGAAAGUAAUCAAUGUGGGUAUGCGUUCAUUCCAAAAAAUGGGCGCCAUGGCUUUAUUGGCUGAAAACACCACUUUGGUAUUCCUUGUAACAGAAUCUCCCUGAGAAACCUACUUUUUUUACUGCAUUGGUCUCUUGUGCGUUGCGGCCGAUCUUCAGCUUAUCCACGGUUACGAAACGGCACAAAAACUCGUCCUUAUUGUGGUUAAACAACGCCAAAGACUUCUUUGAAGUUGUAACACAAGUGCGUUGUUAGCCGAUUGCACUACUCGACCAAAUUUAACUUUUUCUUCCUGCUGUAGACCAAAAUGACUUUUUCUGAUAGA